AUGGAUCCAACCAUCCCAGCCUUGGAUACAGAACUGACACCAAUCAACGGAACUGAGGAGACUCCUUGCUAUAAGCGGACCCUGAGCCUCACAGUACUGACGUGCAUCAUUUCCCUUGUCGGGCUGACAGGAAACGCGGUUGUGCUCUGGCUCCUGGGCUUCCGCAUGAGCAGGAACGCCUUCUCCAUCUACAUCCUCAACCUGUCCAUGGCCGUCUUCCUCUUCCUCAGCGGCAACGUUAUAUGUUCCGCCUCACUCAUCAAUAUCUGUCAUCCCAUCUCCAAAAUCCUCAUUCCUGUGACGACCUUUCUCUACUUUACAGGCCUGAGCAUGCUGAGCACCAUGAGCACCAAGCGCUGCCUGUCAGUCCUGUGGCCCAUCUGGUACCGCUGCUGCCACCCCACACACCUGUCAGUGGUCGUGUGUUUCCUGCUAUGGGUCCUGUCCCUGCUGUGGAGCAUCCUGCAGUGGAGGUUCUGUGACUUCCUGCUUAGUGAUCCUGGUUCUCUUUGGUGCCAAACAUCAGAUUUCAUCACAGUCCUGUGGCUGAUUUUUUUAUGUGUGGUUCUCUGUAAGUCCAGCCUGGUCCUGCUGGUCAGGAUUCUCUGUGGAUCCCGGAAAUACAUGACCAUCCUGCUCAAAGUGCUGGUCUUCCUACUCUAUGGCCUGCCCUUCAGCAUUCAGUGGGCCCUGUCUACUGGGAUUCACCUGGAUUUGGAAGGCAUUUUCUGUCAUGUCCAUCUAGUUUCCAUUUUCCUGUCCUCUCUAAACAGUAGUGCCAACCCCAUCAUUUACGUCUUCGUGGGCUCCUUUAGGCAGCGUCAAAAUAGGCAGAACCUGAAGCUGUUUCACCAGAGGGCUCUGCAGGACACGCCCGAGGUAGAUGAAGGUGGACGGCGGCUUCCUCAGGAAACCCUGGAGCUGUCGGGAAGCCGAUUGGAGCAGUGA